AUGUCCUCGGGGGAAACACUACCUCAAGUAUUAAACAGAUCAUCAUCAUUUGUUACACAUCAUCAACUUUCCAACUUCCCAUUAUUUACUCAAUUAACCCAACAACAACAUCAACAACAACAACAACAACAACAUUAUCUUCAUCAUCAUUAUCAUUAUCACCCAUUUCAACAGCAAUAUAAUCAAUCAUCAUCGACUAUUACCGUCACUAAUAGCUGCAAUAAUAGCAUCAAUAAUAAUAAUAAUAAUAAUAACAGUACAACACCGCAACAACGUAUCAAACUGAAACGACAACGACAACGUGUUGACGCCGGUGAACCACGUAAUCCUUAUCAGGCAACACGCAUAUCGAUGCUUCAACAACAACGCCAACAACAACAACAACAACAGCAGCAACAACAACAACAACAACAACAUCAACAACAGCAACAACAGCAACAACAACAACUAUAUGCGAAUGAUUUUCAAUUAAGCAAUGUUAUCAAGAAUAAUAAUAAUAGUACUGAUGAUAAUAACAGCAUUGCGUAUACAGCACUAACAACUCAAAAUAAUAUUAAUGCUACCUUAAGCAGUAUAUUCCCCUGGAUUACAACUACGAUAACAUCGACAACAACAGCACCAAUAACAACAAUAACAGCAACAACAACUACUACUACUGCUACUACUACAAUGCAACAAAGAUUUGAAUCAUCAUUUAAUAUUAUGGAACAAGUUAGUGAUACGGAUGAUUCCAUUCAAGAUCUUAGUCGACAACGAAAUGUUAAUAAUAAUGAACAUCAGGAAUUUACAACUUCAACGAGAAUAUCAUCAUCGAUGACACAUAUGAAUGAUAAUGCUAAAACUAGCGAUUAUAAUGAUGAAACAUUAGCAACUAUUAUUAAUUCAGCUAAUGAUAAUGAUGAAACAACUACAAUGAUCAUUGAUGACCAAUCAUAUAGGCAAAAUAACGAUGAUGAUAAGGCUGAUGAUGAUGAUACAACAUCAUAUUUAAAAGAAGAACAUAGUACGAGUGAAACAAGUCCUACUCCAAGCGUAUCAUUUACCGGUGGUGGUAAUAGUGGUAGCAGUUCAUCCAGGCGGAAAAGUGCUGCACCACAACGACAACCAAUUGAUAUUGAUGAUGAAUGCAAUCUUCAAAUUGAACAAAACGAGGAUAAAUUGGAAGAUGAUAAGAUUACAAAUAAAACAAAUAUCGAGAAAUCAGAUGAAACAAAACUGGCUAAUGAAGCACCAAAAAAUGUUUUAGCUGCAAGUUUAGCUGCCAAUAUUAAUCCACAGAACAGGAUACAAGAAAUGAUUGAUAUACAAAAACGAAUUUAUUCGAAUUGGAUUGAACAACAGAAGAAAUUAUUGGGCGCAAAUGGUGAAGAGCAAAAACGAGCACAAAUUCAACUUAUACAACAACAAAUUCAACGAGACUAUGCUAAAUUAGCGCAAUCAUUAAAGCAAGAACUUAUCAAUGGAUUAAAUAGUAGCGUUGAUAAGAUAAUAGCUGAAUUCAUUGCUGCUGAAGCAGCUAUCAGUGCGCAACGUACGACUGCUGCACUUGUGGAACAACAACGUGAGCAAGCAGCAGCCGUUGUUGCUAAUCGAAGUCCAUUUCUCUUCCAUCCUCUCUAUCAUUCGUUUAACGGUCAAUCUACUCCGUUUCCAAAUCCAUUUUUACAAAAUAGCCUACCAUUACCGCCACCAUCACAUCAUCCUCCCGGUAUUUUUCCAGCUGCUUCUGCACCUCGUACAACCUUCAAUCCAUUUGUACCACAUCUAAAAGCUGCAUCACCAGCUACCGCAGCAUUUCGUAAAAUGGAUGAUUUAAGUUCAUUUGCACCACGAAAGAAACGAUCGAAAGUAACGGAUUCUUCACGAAUAAAUAAAAUUCAACCAAUAACUACUUCGAAUCGUGAAGUAUCCUCGCUUCCUAAUAGUGCCCGAUCUUCACCACAGUUAUCAUCAUAUUUUCCACCAACAAUGGUUGGUCAUCCAUUAUACGGUGGUGGUACAUUUGGUGCUGAUGAACGGGAUAGUCCGAUUAAUUCGGAUGAUGCAAGCGAUUGUGGACCAUAUGAUGGAAGUAUCGGUGGAAGUUCUACUUUAACACCAAUGCAUUUGCGUAAGGCAAAACUGAUGUUUUUUUAUACGCGUUAUCCAAAUUCAGCUUUAUUGAAAUCUUAUUUUCCGGAUAUUCGUUUUAACAAAAACAACACUGCACAAUUGGUUAAAUGGUUCUCGAAUUUCCGAGAAUUUUUUUACAAUCAAAUGGAUAAAUAUGCGAGGAAUUAUCUAGCUGAAGGGAUCAAAAAUAAGGAUGAUAUUAUUGUUACACCGGAAUCGGAAAUUUACAAAAGUCUCAAUCAACACUAUAAUCGUAAUAAUCAUAUUCAGCCACCGGAACAAUUAUCAUUGGUAAUACAAGAAACAUUACGUGAAUUUUUCUGUGCUGUACAAAGUGGACGUGAUGCUGAGCCAUCUUGGAAGAAAACAAUUUAUAAAGUAAUUAAUCGAAUGGAUGAUCCAAUUCCGGAAUAUUUUAAGGAUCCGAAUUUUCUGGAACGUUUAGAGGGUUAA